AUGUCACCUGAGUCCAACUGCUCCUCUGUUGCCAUGGUGACCGGUGAGACUGGCCUUCUGGAUUGCGUUCCAGAGCUGAUGUGCAACGGCAGCCGAUGGCCGAACGCUAGCGACCAGGUGCCCGACGCGUGCCUGAGCCGGGAGGAGUACCUGGAGAGACACAUGGGCCCACGCCGCUCCUCCGACUUCCUCCCGAUCUGCGUCACCUACCUGAUCAUCUUCCUGGUGGGUGUCCUGGGCAACGUGAUGACCUGCACUGUCAUCGCCUACCACCGGGUCAUGCGAACGCCCACUAACUACUACCUGCUCAGCCUGGCCGUGUCCGACCUGCUGGUGCUGCUCCUGGGUCUGCCCCUGGAGCUGUACGAGAUGUGGAGAAACUACCCCUUUCUGCUGGGGAAGGGCGGCUGCUACUUUAAGACCUUCCUGUUCGAGACCGUCUGCUUCGCCUCUAUCCUCAUCGUGACCGCGCUCAGCGUGGAGCGCUACAUCGCCGUGGUCCACCCCCUGAAGGCCAAGUACGUGGUGACGCGCGCCCACGCCAAGCGGGUCAUCCUGAGCGUCUGGGGCAUCUCGAUGCUGUGCGCCGUGCCCAACGCCAGCCUGCACGGCAUCCUCACCCUCCCGCCAGGUUCCGGCGCCUCGGGGAUCCCCGAGUCGGCCCUCUGCACGCUGGUGAGGCCGCGCUGGAUGUACAACCUGCUGAUUCAGGUGACCACACUUCUCUUCUUCCUGCUGCCCAUGCUGACCAUCAGCGUGCUGUACCUGCUCAUCGGCCUGCAGCUGAGGAGGGAGAAGAUGCUGCAGGCUCUGGAGGAGAAGUCCAGUCAUGGCCCCCAGAGCUACACCGCCAGGCGCGCGCAGCAGCAGAAGGCACGGCGCCGGCAGGUCACAAAGAUGCUAUUUGUCCUGGUGGUGGUGUUUGGGAUCUGCUGGGCUCCAUUCCACACCGAUCGCCUUAUGUGGAGUUUCAUCGACCACUGGUCCAGCAACCAGCUGAACAUCUUCCAGUACGUCCACGUCAUCUCCGGCGUCUUCUUCUACCUCAGCUCAGCCGUCAACCCCGUCCUCUACAACCUCAUGUCCAGCCGCUUCCGUGAGAUGUUCAAGGGGAUGGUGUGCCAGCGCCGUCUGUGCCAGCGCCGUCUGCGCCCGCCCGCGCCCUGCAGGAAGCAGUCGCUCAGCAUGACCCGUCUCACCUUGCGGAGUACCCCCAGUGAUGGCCCACAAUGCAACACCAUACCUCUCGCCAAAGCAGACAAUAACUAAUCGACCGUUGCCUGAUCAGGCCUUGGGGCGGAGGAGGGAUUGUUCACCAUGUACAGUCGCACUAACUACCAAAGCUGAGGCUACUGUAGAUAAUUAAUAGUGCCGACUGAUUUGUACAUUUUGAAGCUGUGAGAAAAAUGUGUGUCUGCUUGUAGCAUCUGAUUAAAGCAUCAUCAACAAUGUGUGA